UGAUGUGAUUAUCCUUCAGGCAAUCAUCUGCUAGUUUUCUAUUCUCUUAAUGAAACACUUGAUGCUCAUCUCCGAAGCCAGAUAGCGGAGUAAUUACUUAAAUUUAAUAAAUAUCGAUUGACCUAUCACGCAGUUUUUACAAUAUAAAUCGAAAUCGAGACCGCUCAGAUUUAUUUCACGCGGUUUUUGGUUGUGAUAACUAAAACAUGGACAUGUUUGAGAGAGUUUUGUUUGGAGGACUUUUCUUGGUUUUUAUCACCACUGUUCAAGGAACAUGCUCAUUUUCACGAAACUUAGAAGGUGAGUGGACGAUUGAAAAAGAUGGACAACUGUUGGGACGAAUGACAGUAGGCUACACAAGAAUGGACGUAACAUAUAUGGGUCAGGUCUACAAUUAUACGUGUGCUCAGUUUGACUAUCAGCAGGAAAAAUACCUUCUGAGAAGUGUCACUGAUGCUAAAGGAAAGGCCUGUCUGAUGUUUACUCCUUUUGGUUCUGCAGACACACUGAUGAUGAUCAGACUUCACAUGACCCACAUUUACGAUGACCGUGCAUUCUUUACACCCCAGUACUUGGUAGGUGCCGGGACAAUGAAUUCCGUCUGUAACAACUAUGACGAUGGACAGAUCCUCUUUAUUAAUUAUGUUCAGUGAGUGGGGGAACAAAAUUUUCAGUGCGUUCAAAUUCAGGGUAUUAACUGAUCCCAUCCUAUGAAAAGCCCCCCGUAUUUAUAUAUAUGAACAAGAGUAUAUAAUAAAAAUUGUAAAACUAAAAA